CAUAAACAACAAAGCCACACGCAAUAACGUUACAAGGAAACUGGACCCAACUUCCCUUCUUUCAUUCUUAACUAACUCAACUCGCUUCUCCAACCAACCUAAACCCUAAAUUCCCCAUUGCACUGCAACUGCAUUCACCGCUCUGAUCCGAUUCCUGUUAAUCAGAAACGUUUGCAUUGUUUGAUUCUGUGAAUCGCUUUUCCAUUUCUGUUACAAGCGAUCUGAAUCGAUUCUGUGAGUGAUAAUUUCGUUCGUUCGUUCGAUUCAGAAUCGGUGUGAGGAGCUAUUGUUUGUUUCAAAUUUCAAUGCCUGCAUCGAUAGUAAGGGUUCAUGGUGGUGGUGGUAACACGUGUAGAAUCAUCCUCUCUCAUGUUAUGAUCACUUUUGGAGUUUUCCCUCUGCUGUUCUUAGAGCCUUGGAUUGGUGGAAUAUAGAAAAUAUAAAUUCAUUUAGAUUUGGACAUGAGAAGGUCCUGGUUCAACAAAUUGCACAUUAUUCUUGGCAUUAGAAGACCCUCAUUGAGCUGGUUAUUCGUGUGCUUCGUAAGCCUUAUCGCGCUGAUUCUCGUGUUAGGUUCUUCGCGGAAUGUUGUUGAUCCUGUGCCGUUACGCGGUGUUCCCGCGUCUCUGAUAUACACGAGCCAUGGGAGGGUUAAGGAGCAGGCUGCGGUUGAUUAUUUGGAGUUGAGGGCUGUGGAAAAGGGUGUGUCUGGUGGACAAGGGGAGCUUGGCCUUUGUGGAAAGGAAAGGGAGAAUUUCGUGCCUUGCUACAAUGUGUCUGCCAAUUUGUUGGCCGGGUUUAAGGACGGGCAUGAGUUCGACCGGCAUUGCGAGCUGUUGGUUGAACAAGAGAGGUGUUUGGUUCGCCCUCCGAAGGAGUAUAAAAUUCCCUUGAGGUGGCCAACUGGAAGGGAUAUCAUAUGGAGUGGGAAUGUCAAGAUAACCAAAAACCAAUUCCUGUCAUCUGGAAGUAUGACCAAAAGGUUAAUGCUACUAGAAGAUAAUCAAUUUGCUUUUCAGUCGGAGGAUGGACUGAUCUAUGAUGGUGUGAAAGAUUAUUCUCACCAAAUUGCUGAGAUGAUAGGGUUGGGAAGUGACACUGAAUUUCCUCAGGCUGGUGUUCGCACCAUACUGGACAUUAAUUGUGGAUUUGGUAGCUUUGGAGCUCAUUUGUUAUCCCUGAAAGUAAUGGCGGUUUGCAUUGCAGCCUACGAAGCAACAGGCAGCCAGGUUCAGUUGUCCCUUGAGAGAGGCCUUCCUGCUAUGCUUGGCAACUUUAUUGCUAGACAGCUUCCAUAUCCUUCAUUAUCAUAUGACAUGGUUCACUGUGCUGAGUGUGGCAUCAUUUGGGAUGAAGAAGAUGGAAUGUUCCUUAUAGAAAUUGAUCGUGUUCUUCAACCUGGAGGAUACUUUGUUUUAACCUUGCCCACAGUUAGGCCGCAUGAAAGUUCUUUACGAUUGAAAAAGAGAAACAUGUUGAUGCCAAUUGAAGAGCUGACUGAGCAACUCUGUUGGACUAUUCUAGCUCAGCAAGAUGAGACAUUCAUCUGGCAGAAGACUGCUGAUGUUGAUUGCUAUGCAUUUCGAAAGAAGAAUUCUAUACCACUAUGCAAAGAAGGUGAUAAUGCUGAGGCAUAUUAUCAACCUCUUGUAUCAUGUAUAAGUGGGACCUCAAGCAAGCGUUGGAUUGCAAUACAGAACAGAUCCUCUGGAUCUGAACUGAGUUCGGAUGAGCUUAGAACUAAUGGAGUUCAGCCUGAAGAUUAUUUUGAGGACUUAGAAGUCUGGAGAUCAGCUCUCAAGAAUUACUGGUCUUUGCUUACACCACUAAUAUUCUCUGACCAUCCAAAGAGACCAGGAGAUGAAGAUCCACUACCUCCAUUUAACAUGUUACGCAAUGUGAUGGACAUGAGUUCUAAAUAUGGGGGCUUGAACACUGCCCUCUUGGAAGAGAAAAAGUCAGUUUGGGUCAUGAACGUUGUUCCUGCUAAGGCUUCUAAUUCACUUCCUCUUAUAUUAGAUAGAGGUUUUGUUGGUGUUAUGCAUGACUGGUGUGAACCUUUCCCCACUUACCCUCGGACAUAUGAUUUGCUUCAUGCAAAUGGACUUCUCUCUCAUCUUGCAUCAGAGAGGUGCAGCAUGAUAAACUUAUUUUUGGAAAUGGAUAGAAUACUGCGACCAGAGGGAUGGGUGAUUCUAUCUGAUAACGUUGGAGCUAUAGAGAUGGCUCGCACACUUGCAGCACAAGUAAGCUGGGAAGCAAGGUUAAUUGAUCUUCAGAAUGGCAGUGACCAACGGCUUCUUGUUUGCCAGAAACCAUUUUUGAAAAAAUGAUUGAUCUGCACUAUCAUGUCUCAUCACCAUGGAGGAUGGACAUGAUUUUUUGUUCUGAGAAGGGAUUUUUUUACAGGGCACAGGUUGUAUAUAUUGCUGAGCCCCGGCACUUUUUUCAUCUUUUUGCACAAUUGGGUCGGGAUGAAUGUGGAAAGCUGUAGAUGGUGAAGGUUCACGUUGAAGUUAGCUCCAAUUCUUUUUAUUUUAUUUUUUUGUCAAAGGUGUUUGUAGUGAUUCAUUCAUUUUAUAUCUUGGUAGCAUCUGUAUUGUGCUUAUUCAUUUCUUUAUUGAUCAUUGGACUUUAAAGAAUAUAAAUGGCCACGAAAUUCUAGAAUGAGAUUGAGAGUUCA